UCCAGCUGGGACAUGUCAGCUUCAGACUGCAGCCAAUCACAAGUCACCUUCAUACAUAAAGUAAGAGACCAUGUUGUUGUUUAGGGAGGCAGGAAGGAGAGAGCAAGUGUAGGCUUAUGGCACAAGGGGCAGCUAUGGCACUUACAGUGGUAUCCAUCUUAAUUGCUGCCAUCCCUGUGACCUACUGCUAUCCUACUGCCUUCCAAGAGCUGGAGCAAAUUAACAAAAACAGAACCUCGAUUAAGUUCCUGGCUGUAGGAGACUGGGGUGGAGUGCCUUAUCCGCCCUACAUCACCGCUGUGCAGAAGGCUACGGCUCGAGAAAUGAGCAAAGUAGCAGAGCAGAUGGGAGCUGACUUUGUUCUGGCCCUUGGCGAUAACUUCUACUACAAAGGUGUGGACAGUGUGGAUUCUCCUCGGUUUAAGGACACUUUUGAGUCUGUGUACACUGCAAAGUCUCUCAAAGUCCCCUGGUAUGUGCUUGCUGGCAAUCAUGACCAUGCAGGGAAUGUCCAAGCCCAGAUUGACUACAGCCACAGAUCUGACAGAUGGAAAUUCCCUUCUUACUAUUAUGAGCUGAACUUCCACAUCCCCAACACUGGCAAGAUGCUGACCAUCAUCAUGCUUGACACCAUAAUGCUGUGUGGCAACUCUGACGACUAUGUGGAUGAGAAGCCCAGAGGUCCCCUCCGUGCAGUGGAUGCCAACCGUCAGCUGAUCUGGCUGCAGCAGAGACUGGCUCAGUCCAAGGCAGAUUUCCUUUUGGUGGCUGGCCACUACCCUGUGUGGUCUGUGUCUGAACACGGGCCCACAGAGUGCCUGCUGCAGAGGCUUCAUCCUCUGCUUAUCAAAUACAAGGCCACUGCUUACCUCUGUGGUCAUGAUCACAAUCUGCAGUACAUUGAGGAGUCUGGUGUGGGCUAUGUGGUGAGCGGUGCUGGAAACUUCCUGGACCCUGAUGUGCGUCACUGGAACCAUGUUCCCAAAGGCACUGUGAAGUUCUUCACUGGCCAAGCUUCAACGUUGGGAGGCUUCAUCCACGCAGAAGUCACCAAGAACAAGAUGAUCGUGACGUUCUUCCAGGCUAAAGGCACUUCUCUCUAUCGCACCGUCCUCUCUCAAAGGAACUUUGAGUAGACUAGCUUACAACAGGAAGGUGAAGUUGUCAGUAUUUCGCACACACUGCAGUGUUUCAGUUCGAUGCUAAUGAUUGUUAAUCAUGUGUUUUUUGUUUUUUUUUUGUUUUUUUUUUGUUUUGUUUUUUUAAACGUUUGCAUUAAUAUUUCAAAGCAAUUGUAUGUUUUUUAAAAGAAUCAACUGGUUUUACAUGUAGAUUCAUUGUAUUAUAAAAGAAUAAAUGUGGUUUGUAAAGAA